AUGCAUGCUGUGUUGACGAGCAAUGCGUACCUAGCCAACCAACAAUGCGUACGAGCCAUCUCGUCAACGACGAUAUGCCAUGUACGAAACUUGAAGCUGGAUUUGUCGAACCCAAAGACCUUGGCUUUACAUAAACUUUAUCGUCGAGAAAGCAUUACGCCGCGCGAGAAAGGCUACGCGCUGCUUACAAACAAUCGAUUAAAUAAGGGCUUAGCUUUCACUCUUCGCGAACGUUUUUAUCUCGGUAUUCACGGGCUUCUCCCGCCAGUGUUUACGACUGAAGAGCAACAAGUAUACCGUGUUAUGAAGAGAAUUCGUGAACAGCGCACAAACUUACAUAAAUACGUUCAACUUGACGAACUUCACACGUGCAAUAAAAAACUUUUUUACCGUGUGGUAUGCAAGUAUGUCAAAGAGCUAAUGCCAAUUAUACAUCUACCUACAGUAGGACUCGCCUGCCAGAAAUUCGGCGCUAUUUAUCGCCACCCAAAAGGAGUUUACAUCACCAUCAACGAUAACAGCAUCAGCAAAAUUUACCAGAUCUUGAGCAACUGGAGGGACUCAGAUAUACGAGUGGGCUUUACAUUUUUCUUAUCUUUUGAACCAGAGAUUAUUGUGGUCACUGAUGGAGAGCGAAUUCUGGGACUAGGUGAUCUCGGAGCUCAAGGAAUGGCUAUACCGGUCGGCAAAGUUUCAAUAUAUGUGGCGCUGGCAGGAAUCCGGCCUGAGAAUUGCCUCCCAGUUGUCAUUGACGUUGGAACCAAUAAUAAGAGUUACCUCGAAGAUCCACUUUACAUCGGCCUCCGACGUAACAGGGUUCGCGGAGAAGAGUACGAUCUGUUGAUCGACAAUUUCAUGAAGGCUGUCGUAAAAAAAUUCGGUCGCCACACCCUAAUUCAUUUCGAAGAUUUCGCGUUCCAAAAUGCUUUCAAAUUUCUGGACAAGUAUCGGGAAGAUUAUUGUUUUUUUAACAACGAUAUUCAAGGAACGGCAGCCGGGAUACUUGCUGGGCUUAUUGUGACAACAAGAAUUACAAAAAAGAAGCUCUGUCAGCAGAAGUUUUUGUUUUUCGGAGCUGGACAGGCAGGAUUGGGUAUCGCUGAGCUGAUGGUAAUGCAGAUGGUCUCCGAAGGUGCCACAAAAGAGCAAGCAUGCAACAAUAUUUUUAUGAUUGAUAUCGAAGGCGUGUCAACUAAAGCUGGUGCUUUUACCGAGGAUGUUAUCAAGGAGAUGGCUACAAUUAAUGAGCGUCCCAUAAUAUUCGCUCUAUCGAAUCCUAAGGAGAAAUCCGAAUGCACUGCAGAAGAAGCAAUCAAGGGCAGUGAUGGAAAGGUUCUGUUCGCUUCCGGUUCGCCAUAUGACGACGUUGAACACAAUGGGAGGCUUUUCAAAGUUAGCCAAGGAAGCAACUCGUACGCCGUCCCAGGUGUUGCUCUUGCUGCCGUUUUAUGGAAACCAAAGAAGAUCUCGGAGACGGCUUUUCUAAUUGCAGCCAGGGUAGAAUUUUCGUUACUUAUAGCAUGGAACGUUACAAGUGUACUUUAUUUAGACAUCUGCAAGCGCAGUGACAGACGAUGCAUUAGAGAAAUACUUCUCACUUUACGUAAGAUGACCAGUUUUUUUCAGGUUGGUGAGUACUUUUUCAACGAGAAUCUCGCGACCCUCUAUCCGAAACCAGACGAUCUGGAAAUGUAUGUUCGUCAUCAGCUGUACGAUACAUCAUACGAAGAUUUCAUCAACAAAGAGUGGGAAUGGCCAGAGGAAGCUUGUAAAGUGUGUGCUAUCCCAGUACCCGAACUUGACUCAACUUCGAUGAACGACAAGUAG